CAGAAAGCUGAUGAUCCAGCCCAUGAAUCACAACCAGCACAUGGAGACGCGCUCCUUCUCUAUUGGUCCAGAAUUCCCAGUGGGACCAGACUGAUUCCAAACCCGCACCAGCAGCAGCCGAGACUCAGAGCGCUCACUCACACUGACCAACACCAGCCAGCAACACUCCAACUAACUCCAGCUAAAGAUGAGCUACACCAUUUAAAUCAGGAUAUUCUUCAUUGCUUCCCACUGGACCCUGGCGUUUUCCAUACAUAAGGAUAUGGGACGAGAUCUAAUACUGGUCUUAAUGAAGACUUCUUUUCUCUGCUGUGUUUGUUUUUGCGAGGCUGGUGAUUGGACCCAUGCCCAUGCUGAAGACCAGCUGUUUAAAAAGCUCUUUAGUGGCUAUAAUAAGUGGUCCAGGCCUGUGCGCAACAUCACUGAUGUCGUAAUUGUCAAGUUUGGCCUCUCAAUAGCCCAGCUGAUUGAUGUGGAUGAGAAGAAUCAAAUGAUGACGACCAAUGUAUGGCUUAAGCAGGAGUGGAAUGACUAUAAAUUACGCUGGAAACCCUCUGAUUAUGACAAUGUAACAUCCAUUAGGGUGCCAUCUGAGCUGAUCUGGGUGCCUGACAUUGUCCUGUAUAAUAAUGCAGAUGGUGAGUUUGCUGUGACCCACAUGACCAAAGCCCACCUGUUCCACACUGGGAAGGUGCUCUGGGUGCCUCCAGCCAUCUACAAGAGCUCCUGCAGCAUUGAUGUCACGUUCUUCCCCUUUGAUCAGCAGAACUGCAAGAUGAAAUUUGGCUCUUGGACCUACGACAAAGCCAAGAUUGACCUGGAGCGCAUUGAGAACACUGUGGAUCUGAAGGACUAUUGGGAGAGUGGGGAAUGGGCUAUUGUCAACGCUGUGGGGACAUAUAACACGAAAAAAUAUGACUGCUGCCAUGAAAUCUACCCAGACAUCACCUACUUCUUUAUCAUUCGCCGUCUUCCGCUCUUCUACACUAUCAACCUCAUCAUCCCCUGCCUGCUCAUCUCCUGCCUGACCGUGCUGGUGUUCUACCUGCCCUCAGACUGUGGCGAGAAGAUCACACUGUGCAUCUCUGUCCUCCUAUCACUGACUGUCUUCCUCCUGCUCAUCACAGAGAUCAUCCCUUCCACCUCACUGGUCAUCCCACUCAUUGGCGAGUAUCUUCUCUUCACCAUGAUCUUUGUCACACUCUCCAUUGUCAUCACUGUGUUUGUGUUAAACGUCCACCAUCGCUCUCCAAGCACCCACAAGAUGCCAGGCUGGGUUCAGUCCAUAUUCUUGGGCUUCAUCCCCCGUUGGCUCUUCAUGAAGCGUCCAGCUCCUGACCAGACACGUCGGCGGCUGCUGCUUAAUGCACAAGAGAAGAAGCAAGUUCCAAACCAAACGUCCAACCUCAGCACCUCCAGGAGCAGCUGGCUGCAGCAGGAGACAGAUGUGGACAUUGGAAGGUAUCAGGAUAGUAAUGGUAGAGCAGGAAUGGGUAUUCCAGCUAGUUUCUCCUUCCCUACAGCUACGUCUCUACACCUGUCUGAGUCUGAGCCCCUGCUUCAGAGCUUGUACGACCUGCAGCAGCUAGGACACAGGAUCAACCUCAAUUCACGGCCAGUCAAUCUCAGCAAUCUGGAACCCGAGCCCAGACUGCCCUUCUCUCACAGUGUCAUGCAGGCCCUGGAGGGGGUGCAGUACAUCGCUGAUCACCUGCGUGCAGAAGAUGCAGAUUUCUCAGUCAAGGAGGACUGGAAAUACGUCGCGAUGGUGAUUGACCGUAUCUUCCUUUGGAUGUUCAUCAUUGUAUGCCUGCUGGGGACAGUUGGCCUCUUCCUGCCUCCCUGGCUCUCAGGGAUGAUCUAGCGGUUUGCCCUGGGCUUACAGAUACAGACAUCAAGCUCCAGAGUAACUGGAAAGUAAGUGUGAUGGACCCAGGACCUCCCCUAGAGAAACCAGCAGGAAAUUAUACUUUUUAAAUGAAAGGACAGGUGUCCUUAGUGCUUUUGGUCUCGGCACCUACACAGGGUUAAAUGGCUAUGAAUUUUAAUAGCAGCCUUGCUGCCCAGACCUUUCCUGCACUGAGGUGUCUUGGGUACAGUGUUGGUGAUGUAAUGUGUGUGGGUGAGAGCAUAUCAGUUCACUCAGGGAUUACCUGGGGUCACAGUUCAUUGUCACAAUAGUUCAGAUCUUCUCAGCCGUGACUUCACCCAUCAGUCCUGUGUGAGAAACACUCGUCACCUCUCGACAAAUGCACUGACAUUUCCUGCUAUCAUUCUGCCAUCCGAGCCCAUUCACUUCCACAUGCAUAUAAAGCCAGCCCCGGCCGACGUAAUAUGCAAAAUUAACCUUUAUGAAAGAGGCGAGGGAUAUGUGACCCUGACUGGGACCAGUUCAGUUCAAUUUCCACUUUAUCCUACUAUUAAAUGAGUCAGAGACGCCUUUUUACUCUCAACAGCAAUUACCCAGCAGGUCAAAAGUCCUCCUUCUUUCAUGGCCGCAAAGUUUUGAAGAGCCACUGAAGAAGCAAAGCUUCAGAUUUUAUGUGGGUUGUGUAAUUAAGUUGCAAUCACGGCGCAUUCCAUCAUUUUAGAAAAAUAUGAUCUCUUAAAAUAAACGGAACAGAUGUACAGUCAUUCGUCUGAUCAUUAUUUUAGUACAGUGCUCAUGUAAAAGAGGAGAUUAAAGAACUGUGACUGAAAAUGAUCUGCUUCCAUAAUCAAAACUGAAUCAGGCCGAGGUUGUUGCUUUGAUUUAAUUAGGAACAUGCUUCCUAAGUGAUGUUUUAAUUCCAGGGAUUGAUGAUACACUGUGAGUUGGUUUCCCAGACAUGGAUUAAGCCUAGUCCUAUAUUUUCCUUUCAAUUAAAAAUCAAAUUUCAGGCCUAAUCUCUGUUGGGAAAUCUGCCCCUAUGUAUCAAAUUGUUUGUGGACACCCCUUUUAAUGAAUGUAUUCAGCUACAUUAAGUUGCACUCACUAUUAACACAGAUGAGCAAAUGCACACACUUGGCAGCUUGUCUAGGCCCUACAAAGAAGUUUUACCAAAUUAAUAGUUUAUCUGGAAUAGAUACAUUUAAGUGUAUUAGCACCAUGCUUAAUGCCAGGUGUUUGUAAGAGGACUAUAACCCCCCUAGCAUUGAGCUGUGGUGCACUGGAAUUGUGUUCUCUGGAAUGAUGGUGCUCCAUUUGAUACCUUUGAGAUGAGUGUGGGAGUUGGGGAUGGUGAGGUGGAGUGGUGAUCAUCCAACAUCCUGACCUCACUAACGGUGGGUGCUCUUGUUGCUGAAUUACAAUCAACACUCCUCACAGCAAUGCUCCACAAUCCAGUAGAAAGCCUCCAACAAAAUCAGGAAGUUAAUCAUUACAGAGUUAAAUAAAAGCAAAAAAUGUGGAUAAUUUCCCUUUUUUCAAUUUGUAACCAAAUUUGUAAGCAAAUAUCAUCUUGCAGGCCUUCAUCAAGGUUAGAUUGGACCAAGGAAUGGAAUUGUUCAUUGUUGUUGGGAUUUUUAAUGUCUCUUAAAUGCAAAAAGACAUCUAUAUAAGGUUUCUUUGAGAAACAAUAUAUGAAAAAUUAAAUUUGGACUGGAGUUCAGGAGGUUUCUGCUUGUCCUUGGAAGCCAAUCUUGUUGUGAACAUGAAAGCAAGUUAGAUGUGUUUAUAGAUUGUUAGACUGGGAGGAGGGGCUUCAGCCACGUUCAUCGUAAAACUGUUGUAAUAACACAUCCAAAUAAGCCAAUUUUGUUUAUUUCCAAUGUUGGCUGAAAAUCGCAUACAAUUCUGGUCCUGGAGGGACGAAUUCCCGCAGUUUUUAGCUUUUCCUGCUCAGCACUCCUGAAUCGACUCACCUGUUACUUGCCAGGUUUAGUAGGUCUGUUAAAGCAGAGCAAUCAGAAACCUGUGUUAGACUCCAUUCCCUGUUGCCCAUGCUUGCUGUAUGGUAUAUCAUCAAAAAAGAAAUAAUUACCAUUUAAAACAUAUGAAAAAAAAACUGUUCAUACCCUGAUAAAGGCCAACAAGAAGAAAUGCACUAGUUGUAAAUAAAGUGUAGAAAUCUUCAGUCA